AUGGACCAUUUACCAUCCGUUGCCAGUCUCAUGUCUCCCCCAGAGUCCAAGCCUUUGGAUACCUUUGACACUCCAUUCUCUCCCCGUGCAGUAUCCCAAAAUCUAUCUCUUUGCCAUGACGCGAAACUGCCUCCUAUUCUGGUUGACCGCAAACGAACUCAGUCAGAAAUGGAUCUACCAUCUCCACCUGUCACUCCAUAUACAGGGAGCAAGAAAAGGAAACCGAGUACUUCGGACCAUCUAGAUAGGGAAGCCACUGGUGGAUCUUCUAGAGACCCUAUUCUUUUCCCCCGUCAUGAGCCUCUUGCUGACGUUGCGACCGAUGUACCUUUAUUUGGCCCUGUACCCCCACCCUCUGCUGCAGCGUUGGUUGAGCAACACAUCAAUUCUCACAUGGCAAGAUUUGAGAAUAAGCUGAACAAACCGACGCGAGAUGAGUAUUUACUGGCUCUUUCCUGCGUCCCGAUUGUGUCCGCUCAAUAUAACCGCAAUCCAGCGGCGUGGGCUAAAGAAGAGAGAGAAACACUAGAGCGUCAAUUAGUCAUGAUGAACCGUUGUCGCCCCCCACAAUUCGAAACAAAACUAAAAAAGAUCGCUCCAGCACCUGCUAAAAGGGCAGCCAUAUCUCAGCAUCGGCUACAGAGGACUACCAGGGUUAAGCGUACACCCAGGUCUACACCAAAUCAAAAGUGUCUUGACUCUUUUGACUUCCCUCCCCCGAGUAGUAAGCCACCUCGCUCUAUAGCUACGAACCGAGAUGAUACAGAUUACGAUUCGAUCAAUGAUUAUUCACCCCCACUAGAAACCCUUGGUGGCAAUGCGAAGGCUUUGAAGGCAGACUGGAAAGGACAGAUGCUAGAUCUUAGCAAUGAUCCGGACCGGGAGCUGCUAAGCCCUGCUGAAUUCAAUCUUGCUGCCACUUUAAGACUGUCAUGUGCCACAUACCUAUGCAGCAAACGCCGUAUUUUUGAAGCUCGUGUUAAGGCUCUAAAUAUGGGGAAGGAGUUCCGCAAGACAGAUGCGCAGCAAGCAUGCAAGAUUGAUGUUAACAAAGCAAGCAAACUCUGGACUGCCUAUGAGCGUGUUGGUUGGUUUCAGCCCAGAUUCUUUCAACAGUAUCUGCAGUGA